AUGGCAGCAGAGGUUGGUUUGAGUGUACUAGGAAAGAUCGGGGAGUUGCUGAUUAAGCCAAUUCAACGAGAACUUGGCUAUCUCUUCUGCUUCAACAAUAACUUUCAAGAACUCCAAACUCAACUAGAUAAACUAAAAGCAAUGAAAAACGAUGUACAAGCAAGGGAAGAUGCAGAAAUGAGGAAGCAGAACACCCUGGGUGAAAUUUUCAAGUUGUGGAUUGUGAAUGCAGACGGAAUAGUUGUAGAAGCAGAAAGUCUUAUCAAUGAUAAGGCAGAGCUUCGAAAAGGGUGUUUCUCCAUCAAAUGGUGUCCUAAUAUAAGCCUACGAUUUUCUUUGGGCAGGAAAGGGAAGAAGUUAUCUCUCGUUAUUAUUCAGCUUCUUCAAUCUGGUGGUGAGUUGCCACACACGGGUCACGCCUUACCCAUGUCACCCAUAAAUAUGCGCUAUUACAAUGGAGAUGCUUGUGUUUUCGACAGCCGAAGUCAGAUAAUGGAAGACGUCAUUGAGAAGUUACGGGACGAAAAGACAAUGUUAAUAGGGAUAUGUGGAAUGGGAGGGAUUGGAAAGACCACUCUCGCUAAACAAGCUCUCCAAAAGGUACAAGACUUCCAUAAGCCUUUAUUUACUAUUCAAGUUAUUACUACUGUCUCUAGUAGUCCCAAUUUCUAA